GAGAGCGAGGCUUUGGAUGAAAGAACGAUGCGCUCUGUGUGUGUGCGUCUGUGUGUGUGUGUGUGUGAGGGGGAAGAAAAUAGCGCUAGAAUUUGGCACCAUGCGGGUGUCCGUCAUCAGCACGUCUGGAUACAAUAUCCAGUACGACGGAGGUUUGGGAUUGUAUGCGUCUUCCCCAGCGAGUAGAAGUAUGAGACACGCGAGUGGCCGGGGAAGACAAUCGUCUUGGACACGUGACCCUUCUACACAACAAAUAUUGUGAUGUUAUGUAACUUGUGUUUGUGUCAGUCACUCCUGAGCGGGUUGGGGGAAACCAAACAAAAAAUAUGCCAUUAAAUUAACGGGAGGUAAUGAACGGCAUGAUGUGGUGGUCAACAUAAACCCCCCAUGAGUGACCGUAAAAGGCUACGUGGUGAGUGAGUGAAUGGGGAGCCUCCGGGGUUAUCUCUGAGAAGCACUGCUUUAUUUAUAGAGCUAAAAAAAACACCCACCCUUUUUAAUGUUGCCCCUCCUCCAUUUUCAAUUAGCCCCUCAUGGGUGGAGUAACGCAAUCAGGGGUGACUACUACUGAUCUCCCGAAGAGUAUCGCCUCAGUCUGAUCCAGACUCCGCACAGGCGCAAACUCCUCACACAGGAAGCUGCGAGCCAAAAUGACAGAGCGCUACGACUGCCACUACUGCAAGGAGUCCCUGUUUGGGAAGAAGUACGUCCUGCGAGAGGAGAAUCCUUACUGUGUGAAAUGUUACGAAAGCCUGUACUCCAACACCUGCGAGGACUGCAAGAAGUCCAUUGGCUGCAAUACCAGAGACUUGUCUUACAAAGACCGCCACUGGCAUGAGGAGUGCUUUAAGUGCUUCCAGUGCAAGCGCUCGCUGGUGGACAAGCCGUUCUCCACCAAGGAUGAGCAGCUUCUGUGCACCGAGUGCUACUCCAACGAAUACUCCUCCAAGUGCCACGAGUGCAAGAAAACAAUCAUGCCAGGCUCCAGGAAGAUGGAGCACAAGGGCAACAGCUGGCAUGAGACCUGCUUCACUUGCCAGAGGUGUCAGCAGCCCAUCGGCACCAAGAGCUUCAUCCCCAAGGACAACCACAACUUUUGUGUGCCCUGCUAUGAGAAGCAGUUUGCCAUGCAGUGUGUGCACUGCAAGAAGCCCAUCACUACUGGCGGGGUGACCUACCGUGACCAGCCCUGGCACAAGGAUUGCUUCCUGUGCACGAGCUGCAAGCAGCAGCUGUCUGGACAGAGGUUCACCUCCAGAGAUGACUUUGCCUACUGCCUCAACUGCUUCUGCAACCUCUACGCCAAGAAGUGUGCCUCCUGCACCACACCCAUCAGCGGUCUGGGAGGCAGCAAGUACAUUUCCUUUGAGGAGCGCCAGUGGCACAAUGACUGCUUCAACUGUAAGAAGUGCUCCGUGUCCUUGGUCGGCCGCGGCUUCCUCACCGAGCGCGACGACAUCCUUUGCCCAGAGUGUGGCAAGGACAUCUGAAGCAGAUGAAAGCCAAUCAAAACAUCCGAUUGAUCAGCCAUGCUAGAGCACAAACUGUAGUGUCUUUUACGCCCUUAUAAGCGGUGACUGUACGUUGUUGUACACCACAGCUACUAUUUUUGACUUUGGAAUGUUAAAAUGCUAACAGACUGCAGUACUUGCAUGAAUGUAGAGGACAUGUUUGCAGAUAUAUUGUUACCCAAUCUACAUAUAUGCACAUUGUAUGCGUCUUUAACUUGACUAACUCCUGUAUUGUGCAUGGAUUCGCUUCUGUGGAACUCUGGUGUAAACUGUAGAUGUGCAUGGAUUCUUCUAGCAUAAAUAAAAGCUGCACACAUUCACCACAGGAAUCC